UUAUACCAGCAAAGUUGUCGGACAUGGUCUGGAUGCCCAGAAGCAAAACCCAGAGGUCAAAGUUCAUGGCAUGGAUCAUACAUUGGCUGAGAUCAAGAAAAGCCUGGAGCACUUCAACCAGGAAACCCAGGAGAAGUUCCCUGAACUUGGUGAAAUUGAAAUCUGGGAAGAACUGGGUAGCGGGGAAGAACAAGGAAGCACCACAGACUGUGAUGAUGAAGAUGGCUGCCAAAGUUCAGGGGAUGGUGAAGAGCAUGACUAUGUUGUCAACGGGCAGACAUCGAAUGGAAGACAGCCUGAAGGAGGCAACACACAAGACGACCCAUCCAAGCCUCCCGCAGUGAGGGUGGUCGGGGGUACACCGCCUAUGAGCUUGCAACAACCUUGGUGCCUUGCUCUGAUUUUUGCUGGACUUUGUUUGAAGUCGAUGCUGUUCUGAUGACAGCAUGACCUUAAAAGAGAAAAAAAGUCACUUUUCAUCCUUGGAACUUACAUCACACUCAUAUAGACAUAUCACCAAUAUGUUCCUUACUCCUGUCAUCAUCCUGCAUGGACAGAUGUCAAGAAGGGCAACACAGAAAUGAAGAGUGGAACAGUGUGUGGCCAACCGUUCGGGAGCCUGUAUAUGGGUAAGAGUGGGUAACUGCAGGGUCUUUUCUCACAGGGUCUUCACUGUGAAUCCUGUAAAGAUUGGACAUAUGGAUUCCACUUUACUGUUCGGGGCAAGAUGUGAGCAUGAAGGAGUGCUACAGCUCUUGCUUCACUUGCACAGACCUAACCUUUGGGAUUUAGAAUGGGGUAGCAUAAUUCUUAAGAAUGUUUACAACUGUAAACACUUAACUCCAGUCGUAAUUCAAAUGACAUAUAGCACCUGUUGUCUUUUUCUACUGCUGAUUUAACUUAUCCUCUAAGCUUUGAAGCUCUUCACAGCACUGUACUAAUGCCAGCCAGGUGGGAAAAUUAUGUGCUUUCAUAGAUUUAACUCCUUUCUUUUUUGGGAUUAAGGAAUGCAUGAAAAACUAAUAGAUCCGUCCCAGGUGCCUGGCUCGUAACAGCAGAUUUGAAAUGCUCUAAUGACUGUGUAGCUUGCAGGGAUUAGAAUGUAAUGACUUCACUGGUACAUCACAAGCUUCCUUGCACGACUGAACAUAUUGUGCAGACAAACUAGGUGUGAAUACUCUAGAAAGCAACUGUAUAUAGGUAGAGAGAUUUGAGUGAAUGUGUGACAUGAGCUGAAUGGAUUGUUAAUUUGUUUUCUUUCAUGAAUGGGCUAUGUUUGUCGGCUCUACACAACAUGUCAAAAUCAUUCUAAUGUUGAACAAAAAGGGGAAACAUACAUUAAUUACCACAAUCAGUCAUUGCAAGAAUUGGGAGCUAGUGCUUUUUCCUGUUUUGUGUAUUUGCCUGAUAAAUUGAAAAUUUGCACGUAUGACAUCUUUCAAAAUAGUUAUGGCCCUUUCUCACAGCCGCAGUUCCAAAUAUUUUAUUUAUUUUUACAUAUCUCUCUUAAAAAUUCCAAAAGCUACAUUAUAUCUUCUUUUCUGACUUUCUACACAAAUGUCUGUUAUGGAAUUACACAAUCAUGUGGCAUUCCUAGGCUUUAAAUGCUUGCCUUUUUUCUUUUUGGGGUUGGGGGAUUCCAACAACUGAAUGUGUUUUAAUCAUACUGUGUUGCUACAGUAGAAAUCAAUCAGAUUUUGUUUAGAUGUGGAUACUUAUGAGUCUCAAUUUUUCCCCAUGCUGUGAAAUUGACUGGCACUAACAGAAAGGCAUAUGUUGCAAAUCAAAUAUUUCCUUAUACUGUAUCAAAAGACAUAAUAUCUUUUUUUAUAUUGUCACACAUCAGCCAUAACUUUCCCUCUUUAAGGUCAGUU